AAAAGUGUGUUGUGACUAUCUUGUGAUAAUGUAAAGAUAUUUUUAAAAAUGAAUUUGUUCUACGUUGAAAGUUCAAUUAUUUGUAUGAUAUUUAUCGUUUUUGGUGCGUGUUCUGUGGUGUUAAAUGCGGAAGAAACUUCUAACCUGAAACAUGACAAUGUCACGUUGGAUAAUAAGAACAGCACAUUACAAAUUGAUACGCAGACAAAUUUGAGUACCAAUACGUCGAUAGAAACAGAUGCAUCUGAAAAAUCCGAUAGCAGUAAUUUGAAAAUAAAUCCUACUAUAUCAAACGUAAUAGAUGCUAAAUCUCAAACUAUAUCUACAAGUACAGUUCGACUUGAUCAUGACGUUAAUGAUGAAACAACUGAAAAAGUUAAUACAGUCACGACAAAUAUUAUUAAUGACCAAAAUGGAACUGCUGUGCCAGAUUUUGCAGUUACAUCACAGAAUUCAGAUAUCAGCAAUGCAACAAAUACGAGUACAACAACUAUUACACCAGCAGAACCAGUAUUGCCUGACAAAGGAUCUGCGGAGGAAGAACACAACAGUUCUAUGUCCAUAUUUUUUGUCCUUUGUGUCCUAGCCUUAGGCAUUUUACUUAUACACCUCAUGCUACAAACAAACUUUCAAUAUUUACCUGAAUCUGUAGUAAUUGUCUUUUUGGGAGGAGCUAUUGGUAUGAUUAUAAAUCUUAUGUCAAAUCAAAAUAUAGCUAAUUGGAGGAAAGAAGAAGCCUUUUCUCCAACUGCUUUCUUUCUUGUACUCCUCCCACCUAUCAUAUUUGAAUCAGGAUAUAAUUUGCACAAAGGAAACUUUUUUCAAAAUAUUGGAAGUAUCUUAGUUUUUGCUAUAUUUGGUACAGCAAUCUCAGCAUUUGUCAUUGGUGCUGGAAUAUAUUUGUUAGGAUUAGCUCAGGUAGCAUAUAAACUUAGUUUUGUUGAAAGUUUUGCAUUCGGAUCCUUAAUAUCUGCAGUAGAUCCUGUUGCUACUGUAGCUAUAUUUCAUGCCUUAGAUGUGGAUCCAGUAUUGAACAUGUUAGUUUUUGGAGAAUCUAUUUUAAAUGAUGCAAUUUCUAUUGUAUUGACCACAUCUGUAUUGGAAUCUAAUAAUGCAUCAACAACUAGUGAAGCCAUCAUUCUUGGCUUAAAUAGAUUUUGCCUUAUGUUUUUUGCUUCUGCGGGCAUUGGAGUUGUCUUUGCUCUAAUCAGUGCAUUGUUACUUAAACAUGUGGAUCUUAGGAAAAAUCCUUCUCUUGAAUUUGGACUUAUGCUGGUAUUUACCUAUGCACCAUAUGUAUUAGCAGAAGGCAUACAAUUAUCUGGUAUUAUGGCCAUUUUAUUUAAUGGGAUUGUAAUGUCACAUUAUACCCAUUUUAAUUUAUCGACUGUUACUCAAAUUACAAUGCAACAGACUAUGAGAACUUUAGCAUUUAUUGCUGAAACUUGUGUGUUUGCUUAUUUGGGGUUAGCUUUGUUCAGCUUUAGACAUCGGGUUGAACCAGCAUUAAUCGUAUGGUCCAUAAUUCUCUGCCUUAUUGGUAGAGCUGCAAACAUCUUUCCCUUAGCUCUUCUUGUAAAUCGUUUUCGAGAACAUCAGAUCACUAGAAAAAUGAUGUUUAUAAUGUGGUUUAGUGGUUUGCGUGGUGCCAUUUCUUAUGCUUUAUCACUUCAUUUGGAUUUCAGUGAUGAAACACGACACGUGAUCAUCACAACUACAUUAAUUAUUGUAUUAUUCACAACAUUAAUAUUUGGUGGUUCUACCAUGCCUCUGUUAAAGUUCUUGAGAGCAGAAAAAAAACAAAAGAAUAAUAGUAGAAGAAAGAGAAAGGAUAAAGAAGUUUCUUUAAGUAAAACUAGAGAAUGGGGUCAAACAAUAGAUUCCGAACACCUAUCCGAGCUUACCGAAGAAGAGAUUGAAGUAUCUUUUCUCCAAUCACGAAUUCGUGGCUUCGCAAGAUGGGAUUUAAAGUUCUUCAUUCCUUUCUUCACAAGGAGGUUUACCCAACAAGAAUUGAAAGACUGUAAAUCACAAAUGACAGAUCUGACAAAUCAAUGGUAUCAGGCUAUUCGAAUAAGUCCUAUGGAAUCAGAUGAUGAAGUAACUACUGCUUCAACAGCACAACUAAAUAUAAAUUUAUCUGGGGAUAGUAGGAAUCAAGUUCAUGGAAAACAAAACAAAGGACGUCCAAGUCACGGGUCUAUAUUAAGUAUAUAAUUUAUUAUUGUGCGAUAUGCUAAGUGUGCUACCAAUGCUGUGCUUAUAUGUGAACGUACAUAAGCGUUUAUUGAUAGUAAUGUUCACUAUAAUUUGAAGAGAAUAUUUUCUGUAUGUAUUUAAAAAUCCGAGUUCGUCCAGUUUUCCUAAUUUUUAUUCAACUGAAACAGUAUUCUACAUGAUACAUGAUAAGACAAAGAAAUAUA